AUGUAUCCAGGUCUAUCAAAAGGUUAUGACACUCUGUUCGAUUUGAUGCCAGAUAUCAAGGAUGCUACUGUGUUGGACUUGGCAUGCGGAGAUGGUGCAUUCAGUAGAAAGUGUCUAACCAAAGGAGUGGCAUCGGUCGAUGGUUAUGAUAUCUCCUCAAUGAUGAUUGAUAAAGCAAUCAAGGAUGCCAACAAUGAACAUCGUCUUGUUUUCAAGGUGGCAGAUAUUGAGAAGCUUGACCUACCAGUGAAUAGAUACAACGUGGUGCAUUCACAGUUUGGACUACACUAUGUAUCUGACCUUCCAUCAAUGAUGAACAGAAUCGCCAAGUCUUUGAAACCAGGUGGUAUCUUUGUGGCCACCAGCUACAUCAACUCGUGUAUUGAUAGUGGAUUGAUCCUUGAGAAGUUCCUUGAAUGGGGACCAGACAUUGGAACAAAAGUAACACCCUAUGCUGUGAUGAUCAGAGCGAGAAAGUCAAACAAUUAG